AUCAUCGGUUAGCAUCGGACCGGAAGUUUUGAAGUAACCCAAAAGCGGGAAAUCGCUCACAAUUUUCUUCUGGACAACAGUGAAGGUUGGUGGUGAAUAAAGAUGAAGGUUGUAACUUGUGAGAUCGCCUGGCACAACAAAGAGCCUGUCUACAGUCUGGACUUCCAGCACAGCUCCGAUGGACGCACUCAUCGUCUGGCCACAGCUGGAGGAGACACCACAGUCAGGCUGUGGAGAGUCGACAUGGGCCCAGAUGGAAAGGCGGUGGUGGAUUUUCUAUCCAACCUCGCCAGACACACAAAGGCCGUCAACGUAGUGCGUUUUAACCCCAGCGGAGAGCUUCUUGCCUCAGGAGGAGAUGAUGCAGCCAUUCUACUGUGGAAGCUCAAUGACAACAAGGAGCCUGAACAGGCUCCUGUGUUCCAAGAGGAGGAAGACGCUCAACUCAACAAAGAAAGCUGGACUGUGGUGAAGACACUGAGAGGCCACAUUGAGGAAGUGUAUGAUAUCUGCUGGACCCGUGACGGAAACUCCAUGGUGUCUGGUUCAGUGGACAACACUGCGAUUAUGUGGGACAUCAACAAAGGACAGAAAUUAUGCAUCCUCAAUGACCAUAAGAGCUAUGUGCAAGGUGUGACUUGGGAUCCACUGGGGCAAUAUGUGGCCACUCUCAGUUGCGACAGAAUAAUGCGCGUGUACAGCACUCACACAAAAAAGAAAGCCUUCUGUGUCAGCAAAAUGAGUUCAGGGACUCCUGCAGAUGGAGAGGUCAAACAGCACCGUAUUUUCCACGACGACAGCAUGAGGUCGUUCUUUCGUCGCUUGUCCUUCACACCGGACGGAUCUUUCCUGCUUGUUCCAGCUGGCUGUGUUGAGGUUGGAGAAAAUCUUAUGAAUACUACCUACAUCUUUUCCAGGAAGAGCCUCAAAAGGCCAAUUGCCCACUUGCCAUGUCCGACUAAAGCAACACUAGCUGUACGCUGCUGCCCAGUCUACUUUGAGCUGAGAACCAAGACCGGAGGUGACGGCUCCAUUCAGCCCCUUCCCAAUUUAUUUAAUUUGCCGUAUCGUAUGGUGUUUGCGGUGGCAUCUGAAGACUCCAUCUUCCUGUAUGACACGCAGCAGACACUCCCGUUUGGCCUGGUGUCCAACAUUCACUAUCACACGCUAAGCGACCUCACAUGGUCUCGAGAUGGUUCCUUCCUGUCUGUGUCCUCCACAGAUGGCUACUGCUCCUUCUUGUCUUUCUCUCCCGGGGAGCUGGGUACGCCGCUAAAGGAGCCUCCCACUUUGGAAAUCUUUACUCCAACCAGUGGUGCUGAAAAGAAGGGCAAAAGGACUCCAGCAGGCAAGACCUCAUCUCCUGUGUCCCAGCCAACAAGCACAGUCUCCACUCCCAAAUCCCACGCCAACCUCUCCUCUGUCACCACCCCUGACGAGAAGAAGACCGGCGUUAAGGCCAAACCCCGAAAGAUCACCCUCAACACCCUGGAAGCCUGGGGGAAGCCCACGACUCCCAAAAGCAAAACUCCAUCGAGCCCUCAGACGCCAACAUCCGAAAGCAUGAGCGCACCUUCGACGCCUCAGUCCCGGGUUAACGUUAUCACCCCAAACUCCUCUAAAAAGCCACUUCGCCUCACCCCUCUCACUCCCACCACACCCAAAGUCCUUAACAGCACCAGUUCUCCAGCGCCCACUACUCCGAAAGGUGCAAUGGCUGCAAAAGGGCCCACUCCAAGACGAGUUUCUUUGACUCCGGUUGGAUCUCACACGUCCAGUUCGCUCUUCAGUGCUCCAGCCUCCACUGAGAAGGCCAAACAUGGACGGCCUUCCCCUCCAAGCGAUCCACUCUGCCAGCCUCCAGAGUCCAAACGGGCCAAGACUGCUGGCGACGAAAUGGCGACAGGCAGCAUCACUCAGCCGUAGUGUGUUUACAUCGCAGUGACGUUAUUAUGGAAUCAUAAUCAUAAUAUGACACAGAUGGGUUAAUGAAAGUGUGUUCAGUAAUUGUAUCAGGGGUGUCUAAACCUUUAACACCCAGGACCGUGUACUGAAAAUUAUAAAAAUACGGGAGCUACUUUGUUAAAUAUAUAUAAAAAAAACAAUCUACUAUAGGUCAAAAUAUGCUGUCCAGUUAAAAAAAAUUACAGAAAAUAUAGCUCAGAUUUAUGUUUCGUGUAAUUGUAAUGUUCAGUAUUUCUUAAUACAGCUUUCCAUUAGAUACAAACCACAAAUAGCCCUGAAUUACAUACUCAAAUAUGUUCACAAUGUUUCUAUGAAUGACUUGAGGGAUUUUUCUAUCUUUUAAAUGUGUGACUUUUUUUCAAAUCUUUAAAUGUACGAAUGUUUUCAAAUCCUACUUUAAAAGAAAUAAACAAGCACUUGGACUUUAGGUGCUUUAUGUGAA